AUGGGAAACUACCACGUUAGUUUGAGGAGAAGAGAUGGGACCGGACAAAGUGUUCGGAUCAUUGUGCAAUGUCUUAAUCAAAUGCCUAGUGGCAUGAUCAAAGCCGAUGAUCGUAAGCUAUGUCCUCCAUCACGAUCUCGAAUGAAACUAUCCAUGGAAUCCUUAAUUCACCAUUUCGAACUUUAUACAGAAGGUUUUUCCGUACCAGCUUCUUCUACCUAUACCGCAGUUGAAGCACCUAAAGGUGAAUUUGGUGUCUUUCUUGUCAGUAAUGGGAGUAAUCGUCCCUACCGUUGUAAAAUAAGAGCACCUGGCUUUGCCCAUUUACAAGGACUCGAUUUUAUGUCUAAACAUCACAUGCUAGCAGAUGUAGUCACCAUCAUAGGUACUCAAGAUAUUGUGUUUGGAGAGGUAGAUAGAUAG